UACGGACAUUGCGGUGAUCUCUUGUGUUCUUAUCAGUAUUGCUCGUACCAGAAACUGUAAUCGAGCUAAACAGGAGAAGUUUAGCCAUUUUAUCACAGAAUAUUCAGUGCUGAUUGCUGAAAGUGUUAUGCAUGCAUAAAAAUGUUUUACGCUCAAUUCAUGUUGGCCCAAAAAGGUCCAUUGGCAAAAAUUUGGCUCGCAGCUCAUUGGGACAAAAAGCUUACAAAAGCUACUAUUUAUGAGACGAAUAUAGAAAGCUGCGUUAAAGGCGUUCUGGAACCUAAGGUCAAGAUGGCGCUGCGGACAACAGGACAUCUGUUAUUGGGAAUAGUACGAAUUUAUUCUCGCAAAGCAAAAUAUCUUUUGGUUGAUUGCAAUGAAGCAUAUUUAAAGUUAAAAAUGGCAUUCAGACCAGGUGUUAUUGAUUUGCCUGAUGCAAGAACAGCUGAUGCUGCCACUGUUACCUUACCUGAAGUAUUUUACGACUUUGAUACUGAUGUUGCUGACUUAGAACUAGACAUGGAUGCUCAAAUGGUUUUAAAUCAAAGCAGAGUAGAAGACAUAACCUUGAAAGAAGACUACAGUAAUCUGAACCUGUUUCAUGAAUUUGAUUUUGAAGAUCUGGAAUUCGAUGAACGAGAAGUUGCUCGUGGCGAAAAAAAUACGGAGGAAAAUAUUGAGAAUAUAAGCUUUUUUCUUUGUGAUGAUCAAUCGAAAGAAAAACUAGAAGAAUCUGCUCAAGGCACUAGUAGUGCAAGCAUAGUCAGUAAAGUCAAUGUAUCUUUAGAUACUCCAGUUAAUGACGAUGGUUUCGGAGGCGUAGUUGGAGAAGGAUUUCUUGUUGGAUUGUUUGAGGACGCUCCUCUUGAACUUUUUAAGAAGGACUUACUAAAUAAUGCUAGAAAGAACACUGAAAGCCUCGGACUGCUCACUGAAAAUUCACCUGAGCAACAUCAUGAAAACACGGAUGAUAUAAGACCUUGCUCUAGGUCUGCCAUUUCUCCACUUCCAUCACCACUGGCUAAGGUUCCUCGUUUGAGUACAGAUACAAAUUUUUCUGAUUUUGAUGAGGUGUUUUCCUCGGACACUGUAUCUAACGGCUUAGAACAUGAGGUGCCUACUCUUUCUGCUGCUCCUGCUGCAUCACAGCUUACAAUUUCUGGUGAACUGAGGUCAUCUUUACGAGAUUUGGGUGAAAGGAAUUUAAAAGAUAAUGAAUCUGAAAGUUUUGUUCUUGAACCAUUAGAUGAAGUAAUUAUGCAAGGUGCUGAGAGAAUACGUAAAGUGAAACGUAGGAGAAAGUUGAUAAUUGAUCAAGUGAAAAGCUUAUCUACCGAAGAAAUGAAAUUUCAAAUUAAUAACAUUACUCAUAAUGUAGCUACAAUUGAUUUAGCUCCACCAACAAAACGCUUAAUGCUUUGGAAAGAGACUGGCUUAGUAGAAAAGUUACUUUAUCGUCCUGGCCAUCCACUUCUUUCUAAAAAACUUUCUGAAAUAUAUAAACGAAACCUAACUAUUCGUGUCUAUGAAAAUGAGGAUGUUAGAACUGGUCAUACUGAAACACAAGAUGGUAGUCUAAAAGAAAGAAGAAAUGCAGGUGAACUUCACGGUACUUCAAAGCCAUCAUUCCGAAAUAGUAAUGCAUUAUCUCUUUCUUCUGUUAAAGUUCCAAGCAAAUUGCAGCCUGAUGAUCCUGUAUUUUCUCCUAUGUCAUCUCCAGAAAGGCUUGAUGAAUCUCAGAAGCAGCUGUCACCUGAUGCUUUGACUUCAGAGAUUAUUCAUCAGGUUGCUCAUCUCUCAAUUACUGAACCGGUCUCUAAGGAACUGCUCUGUGAUAGCACCUUUCAUUCAUCGGAAAAUCACCACUCAUCUGUUAAGCAGUUACCUGGACAUUCAAAUAUUUUUGUUCAACAGAACCAAGAACAGUCGCAGACUCCAGAUAAUUUUUCCCGGAAGAAAACUGAUUUCUGUGCGUAUUCUGAUGGGCAAGAGUUGGCGUUAGGUAUUGUUGCCCAUCAGAAGAAUUCACUGCCACGUGUUGAAGUAGGUCAAAAUGUAUUAUCAUCCGGAGUACUUGUAGUCCAGCCAUGUAGUGAUCAUUCAAAUACAACUUGUGCUAAUGAACGAAAUAAUAAAUCUGCUGAACUAAAUUGCGUACCAAGUGAGGACAUCAAUCUAGAAAAUGAUCCGAAAGCUAAAUCAAGUACUUCACGUGAUUCCCUAAACAGAGAAGAAACUCAAUUUCGAGAGCGUGAUACUACUAUGUUACAGCAGGAAAUUUACGAAUCUUCAGUCUUUGAUUUCCAUGGAUGGAAUGAUACAUCAUCAAGCACUGAAUCGGUUUCUAGUGAGGACCAAGCUGUAGAUGAAACUUACGAAGAGUUUGAAGAAAGAAAAGUAGUCAAGAGGACUGUCUCCAUGCUAAACCUCCUACGUACAAGAUUGCGUUCUUGUCAGAAUAUAAAUUUUGCUGACCUAGUACAGAAUAACAAGCGAAAGGAAGUUGCUCAAAAAUUCUUUACUCUCUUGAUAUUGAAGAAGCAACAGGCUGUGGAACUUGAGCAAGAGUCACAUUGUCAAAACACAAUAUUUAUUACAAGGGGACCUAAAUUUUAUAUCGGUAACAGUGAAAAUUAAUUUGUAGUUAAAUGCUGUUGGAGACUCGGAACAUGAAGCAUUUCUCACAGUUUAAGAAACAUCAGGUAAAUAAAGGAAAAAAAAAAGAAGAAAGAAAGAAAUGAUGCGAGCUAUAGUAGUUAAACUGUUUUUAUAUUAAAAUAUUUUCAAUUCACAUAUUUUAUAGAGGAAUUUGAUGAAGCAUUUUACAUAUGAGUAAGUUUGUGCUAAAUGUGCCUUUAAAGUGUUCUUACAGUAAUAUGGAAAAUCGUGCUUAGAGGACAUGUGUUUAUUAAGAAAUGAGUUAUUUCUUAAAAAGUAAUUUUAUUAAAUCAUUAUGAUGAGUUAAUAAUAAUAGUCUAUUAUUAUUAACUCAUCAUAAUGAUUUAAUAAAAUAUUCAGAAAAGAGGUAUUUAGUCCAGUUAUCCCGAAAUGUAUUGAGCUUUACUUUAAAUCAAAAAUCAUUCUAAGAAUGAAUUACUACUAAUUUUAAUGUCAGUUUAUUAUUAGUUGACUUGCAAUGUUACGGAAUACAGGUAUAUGGGGAUACAUAUUUUAUAUCAGAAUGCAUGUAUUGGUUAAAUUCACAGAAAACAUUGCAAUUAUCUGCAUAAUUCUGCUAAGUUCUGUGUACGUAGGAGGUUAACUAAUUUUGAAAUAUGUUUACGAUGAAAUAAUUUUGCAUGUCUGAAACGCAUAAAAACUGUUAAACGUUUUGAAACAAUUUUAGAACAGAAAUUUGUUGUUGAUGCGAACGUGUGGCGGAUAAAAAAUUGAAAAGCGGAUGAUAAAUUUCUUUGAGGGGUGAAUAUUUAAAUUAGUCCAGAGAUUUCAUUUAUUGCACUAUUUCAAAAGCCGUUGAGAAGUGUGAAUGGAAUUUUUACUUAUGUAUGAAAUUAGGUGAUGAUAUUAUUCGUAAUCUGGUGGCAAUGAUGGAAUUAUUUUAAUCUGCUAUCUACUAGUUAACGAUAUUUUAAUACCUCUAUUUGAGUUCCACAAUAGGCAAACUAUAAUUUAGUCUUUUUAUUUAAUUUCCUUUCAUUAUAUAUCUCACAUCUUCGAAGGUCCUUGAAGCUUGUUCAAAAUUAUAUUCAUAUAAUGUUCCUUUUUCUGAUCUUCUUUAAUUCUUCAUUGGAAUUGAAUGAUCAUGUGAGUGCGUAAUGAUUAUGUAAGAAAGUAUUUGCUUUGAAACAAAAUUAAAAAACCUUAAAAUUUUGAAAUUUGUUUUAAGAAUAUUUUCUUUUGUGAAUUUUAAAUUUUGUUUUUGAUUUUCAUAAGAAAAUUACAUAAAAAUGUGUGAGUGAUACUUUUAAAAAAUGUAGUAUUUUAAGAAAAUAUUAAAAAAGAUCUUGGAUACUUAACUUAAUUUUAAACCAAUAAAAUAAUGAUAAAAAUGUAUAACUGAAGGAACUAGAUAGGAGUUUCUCUGUCUUGUCGUUUAGCAACCGUUUUGAACAGUUUAAUUUUGUUAUUAGUAAAAUAUGAUAAGUUCAAGAAAUAUAGUAAUAGAGUUUAAACUUCUUAACUUUAAAUCAGUUAAGACUCUUAAUUUGUUCUCAAAUAUAUAUGCGUACUCGUACUUGUAUAUAAUCCUGUUACUUGUUGCAUUACAUUUUUUAACAAUGUUAAUUCUUUUUAUCUAAAAAUUCACAAGUUUCAGUGUUCUUUCUGUUUCUUGUGUUCUGGAAAAAUUAAUUUUUACUUUAAAAGUUAGAGCAUAUGACAAAAAAGUUUCUCUGAUAGGAUGUGAUUCUCUAUAUAUUAUGCUUUUGAGUAUGCUUGUGUGCGUGAAAAUAUUCAGCCUAAAACAAAGUGGCGUUAGAUGCAACAUCAAUAGAGUAAAGCUACAAGUAAAACAAUGAGCAUUAAAUAGAACAUCAAGAUACGAAAAUAUUGAAUACAUUGCUCUUUCAGUUAAAACUUGUUUUAUCCCAUUGUGAUACUGAAUACUUGUCCAGAUGCAAUGCUGUAAUUUUAUUUGCUAUUACAGUUUUAGGUGUCUGUAUAUAUUAUAUUAGAAAUAAUCUUUGAAAGGGAAAGAAUAUUGAAAAUUUAAUUAAUUAAUAUCGGCUUCGAAACUAGUUUCAAUAAAUAUAAUUAGUAUUUUUGAAUUUUCUGAAAGAGAAGGUAAUAUAAUGUUGUUAAAAAUAAUUUUUCUUAGUAAAAUGUGGAAUUUGUUUGUGAAACGUGUUGUACAAGGUAUUAAGUUUAACCAAACUCUAAGUUGUUAAUGCUUUCGCUUUCAAUGAAUGGUUCAUUUUUAUUAAUUGCCAUUUAGAUCUCUGUGUUAAAAUUUCAGUUCUGUUUGUUGAAACUUACCAUUGUUAUAUAAAUCAUGUUAUACAUAGUACGUCUACGACGUUUUAGUCAGUUUAUCUGAAUCUGCGAAUCAUAAUUAGUGACAAAUAUUACUAAAAUAUUCGACAUCGCAUGGAAAGACAUUUGAAUGACAGUUUUAUAUAAAGAUAUGCAGUUAUUUUCUGUUAUUGCAGGUUUAAUAACUAUAAUAAACAGAAAUCAGUUAGGACGUGAUCGAAACGAGAUACAGAAAUUAAAAAAUUUUCAAAUAAUCAUUAUUAUUGUUGCUUUACAUAACAUGGAGGCGAUCUACAUGAGUUGGAGAAAAUUCGAACUCAAUGUUUAGAAGUGUAUUGACGUUUUUAAAAUAAUUUUUUCGCUGGUAGAAAUUAAUUCUUAAGGAAUAUCUGUUUGAAGGAGAAAACAUUAGAUUCAGUAUGUUUUGCAGGAGUAACAGAUCUAAUUUCUAGAAAGAACCAGGUUAGACUCCAAAAGGCUCAAUAAGAAAACUGAUUAUUGGGCUAUAUCAAGGGAUGUCUAGAUCAAAGGAUGCCUUCGAAUCUGCUUCAUAUUCACGUUACUCACGGGGUAAACCACAAAAACCAAUCAGGCCUUUCGCCUAGGAUAGAAGUCUCAGCAUUCUUCAGUCUUAUCCACUCCGACACUGGUGGAGUAGAAGCUCUACAAAUGUAGCAAGGGAUAUAUGUCUCAGCAGUCCUGCAAACAUGUUAAGACAUGUAUCUUGGAAUUUCUACGAACAUACUAAUGUAAUAAGAUAUACGCGUAAAAUGCUAAACAAUGAUAAAGUUUCCGUCAGCUAUUCUAUUAGGAAUUAGUCCUGAAUCUUUGUAGACGCACUGUGUAAGUUUCACUCAAUUUUGUGAUUUUUUUUAUGAAUCAUUUGAUUGUUAAUUUUUACUGUUUAUGGAUCAUGUAGUUGAAAUAUUUGCGUUAUUGUUAUAUUAUAAAAUUUGUUAUCUGUAAUGAAUAUUAUCAGCUAUGAAUCAUUUAAAUGCCAAAAUCGGUACUUUUUCAAAUUGCGCUUUGCAAAUGUGUUUUGAAUUUGGUAUUCAACAAAUACUUAAAAAAAUAUGUAUAUUUUAAUCAUAAUUUAAUAUAUCAGUUAUAAUGUUGUAGUAUGUAUAAUCAUUUUCUGGAAUUAAAAUAAAUAAAAGUUGAA